CAGCGCGUGCCUACGGUCGCAGCAAGCAGUUCGGCGCGAUGGCGUUAGACGAGGACGUAAGCUAGGUGGCCGCACCGCCACGCGAAUCACAGCGACCGAGGCUGCGCUGCCGCACGCGCAUGGGAACCGCGCCGAGCGCCCGGGCAUCUGCAGCACCCGCAGCCGAGCGGAGGGAGCCCUCACCCGGCCACCAGAAGCACACACUCCGCCCGGACUCUUCCUCUUGACUCGCACGCACACACACGCGCGCGCGCGUGCGCACACACGCACACACGCGCGCGAAGUGAAAAGUCGUUCUCCGUGCUUCUCCCCCGGCAGGCUUGCGAAGGUGUUUUAGUCGCUUUAUUUAUUUAUUGGAAUAAUUUGUUCGAGGCUGACAGUCGAACCGAGGCGCUCGAACUGCGUCUGGACGCGGCGAGCUCGGACUCUUGGCUGGAGGGCGAGAGAAAACACACACAACAAAAACAGUCCUUUCUGUCACUUCUUCUUUUUUUUCCUUUUUCUUCUUCUUCUUCUUUUUUUGGAGGGGGGGGGGGGGUGUCCAACGACUUGAAACCGGCUCCUCCGCUCGCUUCCCCGCUGAGGAUGAGAGGAAAUUAGACGUGUCGAUCGAGGCUUUGAGCUUGUUUUACUGGAUUUAUUUUGGCUGUGGCGAGCGAAGACCCGGAGAGGAGCGGAGCUGCGCGUAAAAAAAAAAAAAAAAAAAAAAAAAAAAAAAAGGAGAAAAAAAAAGGAAAAAGCGAAAGAGGUCUUUCCUCCUUUCUCCUCAUCGAUAUCGCCAUCCAGAUACAGUUGUAUCUAUCUGUCUGUCCAUCUAUUUCUCCGUUUGUGUCCAUGUUUUAGGGCCCGUGCGAUUUUGCUAAAAUGCAUCAUCAACAGCGGAUGGCAGCUUUGGGCACCGACAAGGAACUGAGUGACUUACUGGAUUUCAGCGCGAUGCGAAACAGCGAUUUGAAAAUGUUCCCAUCAUCAAUGAUGUUUUCCCCUCCUGUUAGCAGUGGAAAGAAUGGACCGACCUCCCUGGGGAGUGGACAUUUCUCCGGCUCAAAUAUGGAGGCGAGAACAAGUGCAGGGUCAUGGGGGAGCGGAAGUCGUCCUUCGAAGAGCUAUGCGGAAGGAUCUCAAUACAUCACAUCACAUGACAGCCUCUCACCUCCUUACGCUAACUCCAGGCUAACAGGUAAAACAGAGAGGAGUUCAUACUCGUAUGGGAGAGAAUCCAACCCGCACUGCCACCAGUCAGUAUUGGGCGGUGAGAUGGGUUUGGGGAGUCCUGGUGCCACAUCGCCCACCAAGCCACCCAGCCAGUACUACCAGCACUACAGCAGCAACCCCCGCAGGAGACCACUGCAUAUGGACUCCAUGGAAAUUCACACCAAAAAAGUACGGAAGGUCCCUCCAGGCUUGCCGUCCUCAGUAUACGCGCCAUCUGCCAGUACAGCUGACUACAACAGGGAUUCACCUGGCUAUCCCAACUCCAAACCAUCGAGUGCUGGCUUCCCAAGCUCAUUCUUUAUGCCAGAUGGUCACCACAGCGGUGACCACUGGAGCAGCAGCAGUAGCAAUAUAAGCCAACAGGGUUACCACAGCAGCAUGUUGGGAGGGGGGAACUCUGGCCAUGGCCCCUCCCAGAGCUCCUCCUAUUGUGGGGUUCAUCCUCACGACAGACUGAGCUACCCAGCACAUUCAUCAGCAGACAUCAACUCCAGCCUUCCCCCCAUGUCCAGCUUCCACCGAGGAGCGGGCAGCGGGAGCGGGACCAAUCACUACAGCACCGCCUCUUGCUCCACUGCUCCCACCAACGGCACAGACAGCAUUAUGGCUAACCGAACACAGAGUGGGACAGCCAGUACCUCUCAGACAGGAGACGCCUUAGGGAAAGCACUUGCAUCGAUCUACUCCCCAGACCACACAAACAACAGCUACUCAUCCAAUCCCUCAACUCCAGUGGGCUCCCCGCCCACCCUCACAGCCGCCAGUUCAGCUGUUUGGUCCAGGAACGACGGGCAGGGAGCAUCGUCGCCAAACUAUGAGGCUCCACUACACUCGCUGCAAAGUCGCAUUGAGGAUCGUUUGGAACGUUUGGACGAUGCCAUCCAUGUACUGCGAAGCCAUGCUGUAGGCCCAUCAACAGCCAUGACCAGUGGGCACAGUGACAUGCACAGCCUUAUUGGGGCUGCACAUACGCACAACGGCGCUAUGGGUUCUCUGGGAAGCGGCUACGGGACAGGACUGCUGUCAAGCAACAGACACUCACUCAUGGUGAGCUCUCACAGAGAAGACGGCAGUAUGGGCGCUUUACGUGGUGGACACUCGAUGGCGGCCGGUCAGGUGCCACAGCUGCCUUCUCAGUCAGCCACCUCGCCAGACCUCAGCCAACCCGACCAUUACCGUGCUUUGUCUGGAGGCCUUCAGGGCCAGAGCACCUCCUCCAUCAGCUCAGAGAUCAAGUCUGAGGAUGAGGGAGAUGAGAACCUCCUGCAGGACUCCAAAUCCCUGGAUCCCAAGAAGGAAGACAUUGACAGCAAGGAUCUCAAAGGAAUUGAUAGCAACAACGACGAUGAGGACCUGUCUCCAGAGCAGAAGAUGGAGAGGGAGAGGGAACGGAGAAUGGCCAACAACGCUCGAGAGCGUUUGCGAGUACGCGACAUCAACGAGGCGUUCAAGGAGCUAGGCAGGAUGGUCCAGUUGCACUUAAAGAGUGAUAAGCCACAGACCAAGUUACUUAUCCUUCACCAGGCCGUGGCAGUCAUCCUCAGUCUGGAGCAACAAGUCAGAGAGAGAAACUUGAAUCCGAAGGCAGCCUGCCUGAAACGCCGUGAGGAGGAGAAGGUUACUGUGGCAUCAGACGGGACUCCCCUCUCACUCGCUGCAGCACACCAUGCCGCCAUGGGCGAUGGGUCAAAUCCAUUGGGACAAAUGUAAAAUGCAGCAACAUCUUCUCCCUCAUGAAUGGUCCAAGGUGCCAGAGUUCAUCAAAAUGAUGAGUGACCACUUCCUCUGACAGUGUUUCUACCCCACCCAAGUAAUCAAACAAACCCAUUGUUGCUUCAACUAGACCAAUCAAGAUUCUCCGGACCAAUCAGAUCGGCCUCAGUGUUUCCUCUCACAUCUUCUAAUCCCUCCUCUUCACCUUUGCCUGCUUCUUCUAUCAAGAAAACAAACUGCAAAAGUCAGAGGUUGCUUUACAGCUCCAAUUGAAGUGAAAUUCUACUUUGUGGAGAUGUUGGCCAAUGCAACAUGACUAUUUUCAAGCAGCUGUUUGUGGGAGAUUUUUGUCAUGAAGUUACUGCAAAGGAAAAAAAAAAAAAAAAACCUACGGACUGACCAAUCAUUUUAGAAAUUCUUCUACUUUUACAACUUUUACCAUUCCCAGUUUUAAAGGACAUUUGGCUUCUAUAUAAAAUAUAGGUAGCACUGUAUAAAUAGAAAGAUAUAGAAAACCAACAAAAAAACCAACUAGACACACGGAGUGAGCAGUAUAGGGAAUAGGGGAGGCUACCAAAACAUAUCAAGAGCAACAAUGUGCAGCCUCAGCAUGUCUCUGACUGAAUGGCAAACUAAUGCCACACUGUGGAUGAAGCUGUGCCUCAUGUCCUCUUGGAUGCAAAACAGUCAAUUAGAUAAACAAGGAGAAACAACACAAAAAAAUAAAACAAACACUCAAAGUUUCUUACAGGCCACAAGCAUUCACAGAUGAAGUAAGUGUGUGUUGCAAAACAAAGCAUUCUUAGGAUACUAAAAUCUUUGAGAUGGAAAUGGUAAAAAAAAAAAAAUACUUUUUAACCCUGAAAGACAUCCAGUAAAAGCAGAACUCUACAAAUUCCCCUUCUCAAACAGGUCAAAAGUAAUAUCUAGAUGUUCACUCAUGUUCAAUGCAAAUAACCAUUUCAACGAUAUCAUAACUAUCCCUCCAUUUUCUAUACCACUUAUCCUCCUUAGUGUCAUGGGUGAGCUGGAUCCUAUCCCAGCUGACUUCAGGCAAGUACACCCUGGAUUGGUCGCCAGCCAAUUGCAGCAUUUCUUAACCAGACUACAAAGUUAGCAAGACAAAUUUAAAGGGGCUGGGUUAUUUCAAUCACUGAAAGUUGGGAAAUAGCAUAAAGAAAGGAGAACUCAUACAGUAAUGAAAAGAAUACUAAUAAAUUUGUCAAGCAGGUUUGUUGUAAUGCAAAAGCUGAUUAUCAUGACGUCUACAAAAAGAUCCCAAUUUAUACAGUAUCUUUGCAUCAAAGAAGGCCACAGGAUAGAAAAACACAAGCUGGAAUAGGGCUGAGCAAUGAAGUGUAUCUUAUUACACGUUAUGCACAUUCCACAAAUACGCCACUCGAUGGAUGCAACUAUGAGUGCUGAGGAAGUCAGACCGGGUAUAAAAUGGACCAACUUCCAUAGAGGUUUCAAUGGACAAAGAUAAUAUUAAAUCACAUAGAGACAAUGGUGAUGAAGCGAGGGAAGGCAAACGAACAAUCAUCAGUGUGGGAGUAUCACAUGGAUGAAUAAAUUCCCACGCCUUGUUGAUUGGUUCUCAAUAGAACCACUAAGCUCAUUAAAAGGUAAACCCACUCACAUUUCCUGAAUACCUACAAUUAGUGGUGUUUUCUAGUUAAAGGUGAGUUAGUGUCACUGUUAAGUUGUCUUUAUGUCUGGACCAUCAGUCCACAUGGUCUAUGUUAACAUGCAGUACAGAUCUUUGGGUGCUACUCAUGUUGAAGAGUGUCAACUCUGAUAAAGCAUUCCCAUCAGAAAAGAACAAUCCAAUCCCAAAUUUCAUGCAGUCCAGAGUUGACUGAACAUCUGGCGCUCUAUUUUCGUAGACAGCACAACUGCUGCAGGGCACAAAUACCGGCGGAUGGUGAUUUUUGUGCAAGCGCAAGGCUAAUUGUACGUUUGCCAAUUUGGCAGACCGGUCUGCGCCAAGGUGUGCGUUCUGGCGCAGUGAGGGUGUGUCUUUUUAUGUAUAUACCGUACAUAAAAACCUAAAGUAACAGACUAGAAAGCAAAAAAGAUUAACUGAUACCGCGCUACUUCUUGUCUCAUCAUCUGUUUCCAGUCCCCAUUCGGGUUGUGGAUUUCUUUUCAAUUUUUGGACCAUAUUUGCUUUCAAUUUUAAUUAAGACCGUCAAACUGUUUGAUGUAGAGGGGCCCGCUGUGCUUUUUAGCCUGCCACUUACACUGACAAGUCCUGCGAUUUUUGUUUUUGUUUUUUUCCAUGUAGAAUCAUGGACAUUGUCUGAGCAGUGAUUUCAAGUAUCAGUACGAGAUACUGUACUGUAUUUUAACAGUAGAAGUCGUGGCCUGUGCCUGAUGGUAUCAGGUGGCAUCGAAUGUCAAACAGAGGUCAAUCCUUUGGUAAUAGACAAGACAAACUAGAAUAUAAUUUUAUUCACCACUAGUUUUAGAUAUUUGAAAGCCAAUAUGUUUUCCCAGUCUCAGUGCUGUCCUUUCUGCUGACCCAAGCCUUAUGAGCCCUAAGAUUGAGGUCUAGCUCCCCCUCAAGCCCUAACCCCCAGAGUGGUCCAACAGAUGCAAUUUGAACAUUCACACUUCUACCAAUGUGCCUUUUUAGAGUUCAUAUCAUUGGAGUUGCCAGAGGAGGACCUUGUCUUUCAUAGGAUGCAAGCUUUGGGAAACCUGUUGUUGGUCAUUAGGUUCUAUGCAGUCAGGUUUUUGUACCAGACCUGGGAAUUUAAAAAUAAAAAAAGGUUGAAAAAAAAGAAUUGAAAAAAAAUAUUUUUGGGAUUAAAAAAAAACAAACAAAAAUAAAGUGUAUUUGAUGUACUGUAUGCUUAUGUGUAACUAGAGCGUGUUCUGACAGACACUUUUGAUUUAGCAAAACAAGCCCUCGUUCCAGUUCUCCCUGCCCCUUGGAAGACAUCCGUUAACCUGAACCAAGCCCAGUUUUCAUGGUGAACGCGUCUCUUCUUGUAAUAUAGCUGACCAACUUUUUAUCAGUAUUUGAUGGGCUUUUCCUUGAGCCAAUGUAGUCUUCAGUACAACGUGUGUGGUUGUAUGUUGUAAAGCGCUUUUGUUUUCUUUUUUUUUAUGAGGAAAAUGAUUUUCUUGUUAACUUUAAUUUGUAUGUUCUGGUUUACAUGUCUAUUACAGAAAAUGUAAGAAAAAUAGAAAUAAAAACAAAAAUGAAAAAAAUCAACACAAUUUGCUAUCAUUAGUGUUGUUCUCUGACAAGCGUCAAUUUUGACACAGUUAAAAUCCUACUCAAUCAACAAGAAAGCACGUAAACUGGAAAAUAAUCUAUUUGAAUAGAUCAAUUUAUAUAUAAAUGUAUAAAAAUAUAUACAGUAUAUAAGGAGGGUGAUAUUUUCCAUUCUUUUUUUUGUUUUAUUUUAAUUUAAUUGAUUUUUUUUAUUUUUGUUGCAAAGGAGUGUUUGUUUGGGGAGGAAUUAUUUUUCCAAAGACUGAACUAUCAGGCCCCCAGUGUUAUAAAUCAUCAAAUGACUCUGCUAUGUCUUCUUAUGUUGCCAUGACAACCUCUGCCUCUAACUAAUAUGGCGCCCCGCACAGGACAAAAUGGCACCGGAGGUCCGACACCUACACUCGCUGUUAUUCAUCAUGGCAGUGACACACAGACAUUGUAAAUUGUAUGCAACAAAACAGCAAACCGAACCCAUAUUUUGAAAUUGUGUAUGUAAAAGUUAUAUUUUUACAUGUAGAUAUUGUUAUUUGUGUUCUUAGAAAUAUGUUUUUGUUUUCUUCGAGGGUUAUUUUAAAAAAAAGUGUGUUUAAAAAAAAAAUUGUCAUAUUGAAAUCAUUGUAAGAUCAGAAAUUCCCAUACUGUUUUUUUUUUUUUUUUUUUUAAAUCAUGCUGGAGAUGGUAGGGAUGUUCGGAUAAUGAUGCUGAUGAGAUCAAAACAGAUAUACAGUAUGGUAUUUGUUCAAAUCCCCAUGCCUCAUAAUAUGUCCAUUGUAAUUGUAUUUUUUGCAGCUAAAUGUGUAAAUAGUCACAUCAAUUUCUGUGAGGUUUCAGUGGGGUGAGGACUUGCCUGUGAGAUGUGAUGAUGAAGCUGUUUUUAAUAAAAUAGUAUCUGUCUGGUUACAAUAGCCAGUUGCCAACUCUCCAUUGUCAGUGGUACACAUUACUGUUGUAGUUGCAGACCAGUGGAAGUUUAAAACACAUUAUUGUCUGCAUUUGCACUAAGAACAACUUCUGUCAGAGCCAGCCCAUGCCAUUUUCAUUUGGUUGGGAAGAAAAAUACAUUCUUCUACUUCGUUGUAUAAAAUUUGAUUGUCUUCACAACAGAACCUUGACUGUGUAUUGAAUAACACUGAAUUUAAUUUAUUUGAAUUGUUGAGAAAAAAAAAAAGCGACCUGAUGUACCCAAAGAAUUGCAUUUAUUUCUUCAAGAUGUAAAUGAAAGAACACGAUUCAGAAUCAAGUUUUCUAAAAACAUUGGAGUUUUCUAAUAUAAAUGAAGACAUCGUCAGCAAACAAUCAUGUCAGCUAUUUCCCCCCAAAAAUAUUUCAGAUGGUGUGCAAGGCAGUUUCAGUUUGUUUUCAGUGUUUUCCAUUACAAUUGACUUUUGUGUCAAAAGGCCAUGCUGCUUUGAAACGGACCUAGGUUGGACGCUAGGAUUGAAUCUGUCAGUGUAAAAUAAAUGUUUUUUGAGUAAUGUUAUUUUUGCAACAUUGAAUUUCAUAUUUUCUAUUUGUUUUAUGGUCAUAUCAUUUCACAUUAUCGUCAUUUUAUGUUAGCCCUGCUGUUUCUAUUAGCCAAUGUGUUUUUAUUUUUUUGUCCCUCCUUGUUGUACAUACAUAUCUCAUUUCUCUUUUUCAGUGACUGUGCCAAGAGCUUUGUAAUCUGUUACGCUGUACCAGUUUUACUGCAAUAAUGAGUUUAAUUCAAAAAUCUCAA